UCUAUUCUCACUUCUCUCUCUAUCUAACAUCACAAAUCCCCUUUCUUCAAUCAAUUUUCUACUGACUUUCUCUCGUUAAGCAGCAGCGCAAUUCACAGUCACAUACAUUGCACCGUCUCCGUCGAUCACGCAGAAUUGAAGCUCAUUUUCUAUCUAUCAAUCCAUGGCGUCUUCUGCUCCAUCCAAGUCUCAGCCGCUGCACAAUUUUGAAUUGCCGCCGCUGCUGAAAUGGAGCAAGGACGGGAAAUCCAGCGGGAGCCAGAAACGGCGCCGCUCACUGAUGUCUCCUCCGCAGCGGUCGACUGCAGCUUCCGGCUCCCCAAUCCACCGCGAUUAUGCCGCGGCGGCAUCGCCUAGGGACCGUUCCCCGCCGCCGCCAUCGCCUGAGCAUCCGCUGGUUGCCGGAGGUGAUCCGGUGAAGCCUACGUCCGUUUGCGACGGGAUACAACACCUCGCGAUCGGCGCCGAUUCGGAGAAGCUGCGUUCUCGCGGCGGCGAUUGGUCGACGGAGCCGGAAGCUUCUCGGAAGGGCAAAGAAUUGGGGAAAAAAUCGAAUGCAUCCGCAAUCAGGAAAUGCAACCUGCAGAUUAAGAUUGGGAGCAAGAGCAGCAAAGAGGAGGACAAUAAGGAAGAAGGUGAAAUCGGUAACCAGAAGGCGGAUGAGGAAGCUAGGCCGUGGAAUCUGAGGCCGCGGAACGCGAAAACCAAAAUCGACAAGGAAGUGUACGGUGGAGAGAAGAGCAAAGCGGAGGCGCAAUCGAGUUCGAGGAGAGGCGGAAAGGAAGUGAAGGAGGAGAGGGAGAAAGGUGAAAAGAAGAAUAAAAAAAUGACCAUAAACGUAGCGUUAACGAAAGAGGAGAUUGAGGACGACAUUUUCGCCAUGACUGGAGCAAAGCCAUCGCGCCGCCCACAGAGACGCCCUAAGAACGUGCAGAAACAACUCGAUUUGACGUUUCCUGGAUUGCAUUUGCGAUCCAUCACUCCGGAUUCGUACUGAGUUAUCUGAAUAUCCAUGGUGAGCGAUGAAGAUGAAGAUGGCAAUGGCAAUGGCGGAAGGGGAAUAAUUUAGUGUUGUUGUUGUUUUUCUUUUCAUUAGUUUUUUUAUUUAUGAGAUGAGGAUUAUGUAAGGCGGGAUUUGUGCAUUUAAUCUUGAUUGCUCUUCAUGCCAUGGGUUGAUAUCUUUUUUUUUUUUCAAAAAAACAUUGGUCUGAUUUAUGGGAUGAGAUUUUCUACUGUUCUCAAACAAACAGAAAAAUUUAUUGAAUGAAACGCAGAUGGACUUCUUUUCC